AUGGCUGCACCGCUACCGGGCUUCACCCCGCUCCUGCUCUCGCCUCUGGUACUCCACCUGCUUCUCCUCGGCCCUUUGUUCGCCCUCACACCGGGGACGGUAGCGACAAGAGGGGAUUCCUCCCGAUGGACCCCGGGCCGCUGCUACCGAGACGCCGGUAAAGUGAGCCAGCAGCAGCAGCGGCAGCAGCAGCCAGAGCAGCGCGGGGAACCGGGGGAGUCGGCGAGUAGCAGUUGGGAUCUACCCCUAAGCAGGUGGACCGUAGAGCGGAUACAGACUGAGGAAUGCCCGAGAGCGCAGCUCGGAGGAGGGCUGCGGGUUCGGGACCGCGGGGCGCAGGGAGGAUGUCGUCGGGAUGGAGAGAGGGGAACAUGGGGGGAGAGUCUGGAAGGAGUCGGGCCGUUUUGGAGGAGCGCAGACGGCCCUCCUCCUUCUCCUCCUCCCCGCCCAGGUAUUAGGAGCAGCUCUGACGGCGUCGGUGGAGGAGAAGGAGGGGAAAGAGAGGGGAGGUGGAAGGGCGUUGUUUCACUUCCCGCUUCACCUGUUUUCUCCUCCUCGCCGGUUCAAAACGGCAAAAAGCGGUUGGUACAAAGGACUAGAGCGUGCGCGCAGCGGUCGCCGGUUUUGAGACCACACCUCGCCGAGCGUGGCGCCGCCACAGCCUUUGUGCUCGCCUCUGGCCUGCACGGGGGACCCGGAAGUGCAGGGAGGAGAGGAGAAGAGGUGUGGGAGAGGCCUCUGGAGGUGAAAGGGCCCUCUCUUGCACUGUGCUCUCGUCACACUGAUUACAUUCAGUCUCAUCUAGGUUGCAGGAGCAACAGCAGCGUUUUGGAUGCUGAUGAGGAUCCAGCCGGUGAGGACAGGAGGGAUGGUAAUUGUUCUCAUUUGGGCAGGCACAAUGUUAUCGAUCCCAGCAGCAGCAGAGAGGGGGGUGAUGAUAGCUGUUUGACUGGGCGCAUUAGGAGCAGGCAGCAGGAGGAGGAGGAAAAGGGGCCUCGCCAGCCUCUCUUGUCCGGCACCUUCCUCACCCCCGAGGUGCCAGCGGGGGGAUCGCACAGGACUGCACCGGAAGGGUUUAACCCCGGUACCAGGGCGCACCGAUGUUGCUGUGGGCCCCGUUUUCAUGGUGAGGAAAGGGGGAGUAGGUAUUAUGCCAGAAUUACGGAUGAUGGGAGGAGAAGGGAGGAGAAUAAGAGAGGAAAGGAUGAAAGAGGAGGAGGGGUGAGCCACGGCAACAAAAACGUUAAUUUAACUAAUUAUCCGGAUAAUGAUUUGGCUUUUCCGACUCUUCCAAUCCAACAUAGGGCUGAUAAUGAGCUCCGGCAGGGGAAAUCAGAACCGGCAAACAGGGGGCAGAGCGCUCAAACCCGGGGAGAGAGCAGGGAGGCACCCGGUGGUUAUUUUGGCUGUUCGCACAGAAUAGAAAUGGGGGGUGGAUGUUUAGCCGACUUUAUGGGCCCCGAGAGACGUAUAGCACCAAGUAAUCUCAUCCACAUCCAAUUUCCCCUCAGCAGCAUCACACAGACGCCUGGCCAAUGUUUUCUAUCCAACAAAGGCGUCGCUUCUGAAAUCGCAUCAAAAUACCCAAGCCCACUGCUCAUUACGCCCGCCCAAACACGGCCAGAAGAUUACACAGUGACUGAAAAACUCCCCGCAUCUCUGUGUGUAUCUGCUGAAAUCGUAAACGCAACUUCUGAGCCAGAGCAAGAGCAUGCCGGUGACUCAGGCUUUUUCACGCCUGCCAAGUUUCCCGUUGCACGUCCCGGUUUCAAAACAGCCUCUGCGCGCUCCGCUAGAGAAAACGAGCCCCGUCUCCUUACUCAUCCUGAUCACAUUACAGCAAACCACCCCUCUUUUUUCUCGGAAAUCAACCUGACCAUGAAGUCCGAUGAGUCACGUCCACCGCUGUUAUUGGUUUCCUUGCCCUCUGCAGAGGACGUGAUUUCAGCACCGAGCGCACGGCGGACAGCUCCUCCCGCGGAAACCCCUUCCAACUCCCCGCGUGCGUUUCUGUGGAGUAAAUUCAACACCAACAGUAAUAACAACAAUGGAGAGGGAGGCAGCAAGGGGUUAAAGGGAUAUAAUUACGAUUCUGAAAUGGGGGAAUCGUCAUGGGAUGGCCAGACACAGCAGCAGCGCCUAUGGGAGAGUGCACCGGGAGAGUUGGGCCAUGCUGGGUGCGUUGACAGCGACUGCUCAGUCGCUGAGCAAGGGGGGCUCACACAUAUGCAAUUAAAAUCCGGUAAGCAAGUGCCACUAGAGCCCGAAGGUGUCAGUCAGUCAGAUAGGCGGCAGAUGGGGGCCGAGGUGGAGGGUGUAAGAGGGGGAGAGGGCUUGGAGGGGUCCUCUGCUGUUGCUGCUGCUGUUGGGGGAGGAAAAUUACAGGUGGGGGAGGGGGAGAGAGAGAGCAGAGAUGCGCUGCUGGUGGGAGAGAAAGAGGCAGGGGGAGAAGGAGCAGAAGAGGUGGAGGAGUGGGAGAGGGAAGAGGGAAUGACAAAGGAGAGCCAGACAGAGGCGAGUGUAUUGAGCGAGAGAGAGGGAGAGGUGGAGAGGAGCGAGGCAGAGGGAGGGAAGGGUCAGGAGAGGGGCAGUAGCACGACUAGCGUCACACAGAGCAAGAGAGGAGGGAGGAUAGACAGCCAGGCAGAUGAAAGCCAAGAGGGAGGAGAGGGGGAUGAGAAAGAAGAGGGGGAGGAGGAGAGGCGUAGUUCAAGGGGAGAGAGGAGCCUGGAACGACUGAUAAUAGUGGCGGAUGGUGAAACCUUGCAGGAAGAAAGGGAUAGGGAGGUUUUGAUGCCGUGGCCUCGUGCUCGUCGCGCUGCCAACCGGCAUCCCCAUUUCUCUCAGUAUAACUACCAGGUGCAGGUAGCUGAGAACCAGCCGCCCAGCACCUCCGUCAUGGCCAUGUCUGCCACAGACCCAGAUGCAGGAGAAGCAGGCAGAGUUAGCUACACCAUGGCCCCGCUAAUGAACAGUCGAUCAUCUGAUUACUUCUUUAUCCAUCCAGAAACAGGCCUCAUCACCACCACUCAGAUUCUAGACCGAGAGCACAUGGACCUGCAUUACUUCCGGGUCACGGCGACUGAUUAUGGCUCCCCUCGCCUCUCUGGCACCACAAUGGUGGCCAUCACUGUUUCAGACCGUAAUGACCACUCUCCUGUAUUUGAGCAGAGUGAGUACAGGGAAACGAUUAGAGAGAAUGUAGAGGAGGGGUAUCCUAUCUUACAGCUCAGAGCAACAGACUUAGACUCCCCAUCCAAUGCCAAUAUCCGAUACCGGUUCGUUGGUGACACAGCUGCAGUGGCACGAGCAGCCUUUGAGAUUGACCCGCGCUCUGGGCUCAUUACAACCCGUGGAGGUGUUGACCGAGAAACCAAUGAGCACUACACCCUCCAGGUGGAGGCCAGUGACCAGGGGAAAGAACCAGGCCCACGCUCCGCCACUGUCAAAGUCUUUAUCACUGUCCUGGAUGAGAACGACAAUGUGCCGCAGUUCAGUGAGAAACGCUACGUGGUGGCAGUCAAAGAGGAUGUGAGGCCGCACUCGGAGAUCCUACGUGUGAGCGCCACAGACAGAGACAAGGACAGUAACGCUGCUGUUCACUACAACAUCAUCAGCGGUAACAGCCGCGGACAGUUCUCCAUUGACAGCGUGACUGGGGAGAUCCAGGUUGUGGCACCACUGGACUUUGAGGCUGAACGGGAAUAUACUCUCCGUGUCCGUGCACAGGACAAUGGCCGGCCGCCGCUCUCCAACAACACCGGCAUUGUCAGUGUGCAGAUAACAGAUGUCAAUGAUAACCCACCAAUCUUUGUCUCCACGCCAUUUCAGGCAUCCGUGCUCGAGAGCGCCCCAGUUGGGAGUUCCAUCCUUCACAUUCAGGCCAUUGAUACUGAUUCUGGUGACAACGCCCGGUUGGAAUACCGGCUAACUGGCACCAGCUCUGACACACCGUUCGUCAUCAACUCUGCCACCGGCUGGGUCACAGUGAGCUCCAUUCUUGACCGGGAGUCGGUGGAGCACUAUUUCUUUGGGGUGGAGGCCAGGGACUAUGGAAUGCCUCCUCUUUCGGCUACAGCGAGCGUUACGAUCACUGUGAUGGACGUUAAUGAUAACCGCCCUGAGUUCCUCCAGAAGGAGUACUUUGUCCGUCUGAAUGAGGACGCGGCGGUCGGCACCAGUGUGGUGAGCGUCACAGCCGUGGACCGUGACGUCAAUAGUGCCGUAACCUAUCAGAUUACAGGAGGGAACACCAGAAACAGAUUUGCCAUCAGCACGGCAGGAGGGGCUGGACUGCUCUCUUUGGCCCUGCCGUUGGACUACAAACAGGAGCGUCGCUAUGUUCUUACGGUCACUGCUUCAGACCGAACGCUCCACGACACUUGCCAGGUUCAUGUUAACAUCACAGAUGCCAACACACACCGCCCCGUGUUCCAGAGCGCCCACUAUUCUGUUAGUGUGAAUGAGGACCGUCCGCCUGGAAGUACUGUUGUUGUCAUUAGUGCCACUGAUGACGAUGUGGGUGAAAACGCUCGUAUCACAUAUUUCCUAGAGGACAAUAUCCCACAAUUCCGCAUUGACCCCGCCACAGGGGCCAUAACGCUCCAGGCGGAGCUAGACUAUGAGGACCAGAUGACUUACACUUUGGCUAUUACAGCUAAAGACAAUGGCAUACCCCAGAAAUCUGACACCACGUAUGUUGAGGUGAAUGUGAAUGAUGUGAAUGACAACGCUCCUCAGUUCCUAAGUCCCAGAUAUCAAGGAACGGUGAGUGAAGAUGCUCCCCCCUUCACCAGCGUCCUCCAAAUCUCUGCCACAGACCGGGACGCACACGCCAAUGGGCGCGUCCAGUACACCUUCCAAAAUGGCGAGGAUGGGGAUGGGGAUUUCACAAUAGAGCCCACAUCCGGCAUUGUCCGAACCGUCCGCCGUUUGGACCGGGAGAGCGUACCAUUCUACGAACUCACUGCUUAUGCUGUGGACCGCGGCGUACCCCCUCAACGAACCCCAGUCCACAUCCAGGUGACAGUUCUAGAUGUGAAUGACAAUGCCCCUGUGUUCCCUGCUGAUGACUUUGAGGUUUUAGUGAAGGAGAACAGUGCCGUGGGUUCUGUGGUGGCCCAGAUUACCGCCACCGACCCGGAUGAGGGUGCCAAUGCCCAGAUAAUGUACCAGAUCGUGGAGGGGAAUAUCCCCGAGAUCUUCCAGAUGGACAUCUUCUCAGGAGAGCUCACCUCGCUGAUCGAUCUUGAUUACGAGGCCCGCAACGAGUACGUCAUCGUGGUGCAGGCCACCUCAGCGCCUCUUGUCAGCCGGGCCACUGUCCGGAUCCGGCUGGUUGACCAGAACGACAACCGGCCCACUUUGCGGGACUUCCAGAUCAUUUUCAAUAACUUUGUGUCAAAUCGGUCCAAUAGUUUCCCCAGUGGAGUAAUUGGGAAAGUGCCGGCCCAUGACCCUGAUGUGUCAGACCGGCUGUACUACACCAUCGACAGGGGAAACGAGCUGCACCUGCUGCUCCUGAAUCACACCAGCGGAGAAAUACGACUGAGCCGAAAACUAGAUAACAACAGGGCGCUGGUGGCUCCCAUGCUGAUCACCGUCACAGACGGCGUCCACAGCAUUUCCGCUCAGUGCGUCCUCCGCGUCCUCAUCAUCACCGAGGACAUGCUGGGCAGCAGCGUCACCGUCCGCCUCCAGAACAUGUCGCAGGAGCACUUCCUGUCGCCGCUGCUCGGUCACUUCCUGGAGGGCGUGUCGGCGGUGCUUUCGGUUCCCGUCGAGGACGUUUUCAUCUUCAACAUCCAGCCGGACCAGGACGCGGCGCCGGGGGGCGUGGCCAUCCUCAACGUCAGCUUCUCGGCGGCGCUGCCGGGCGGACACUUCUUCCCCUCCGAGGCCCUGGAGGAGCAGCUGUACCUGAACAGGCCGAGGCUGACGUCGCUGGCGCAGAUGGAGGUCCUCCCGUUCGACGACAACGUGUGUCUUCGCGAGCCCUGCCAGAACUACAUGAAGUGCAUCUCGGUGCUGCGCUUCAACAGCUCCGCCCCCUUCAUCUCCUCGCCCUCCAUCCUGUUCCGGCCCAUCCACCCCAUCGCCGGGCUGCGCUGCCGCUGUCCCGCCGGCUUCACGGGAGACUACUGCGAGACGGAGAUCAACCUGUGCUACUCCAACCCGUGUCUGAACGGAGGGGUGUGUGCCCGCAGGGAGGGCGGCUACACCUGCAUCUGCCGCGAAGACUACACCGGUGAGCGAUGUGAGUUUAACCGGCGGCAGGGCAGGUGUGUCCCGGGCGUGUGUCGUAAUGGCGGGACGUGUCGGGAGCUGUCCAGCGGGGGGUUCCGCUGCGAGUGCCCGGCGGGCGGCUACGAGCGGCCGUACUGCACCGUCACCGCCCGCUCCUUCCCGCCCAAGUCCUUCGUCAUGUUCCGGGGCCUCCGGCAGAGAUUUCACCUCUCCAUCUCGCUCAGUUUUGCCACCCUGGAGAACAGUGGCCUGCUUUUCUACAACGGACGCUUCAACGAGAAACACGACUUCAUCGCUUUGGAGAUCCAGGAUGGCCAAGUGGUGCUCAAGUACUCCACAGGUGAAUCGUCCACUCAGGUGAGCCCCUUCCUGCCCGGGGGUGUGAGCGACGGCAACUGGCACACAGUCCACAUCCACUACUACAACAAGGUGAGCGCAUUCAGAGUGUGUGUGUCCACAUGUGUGUGUCCACAUGUGUGUACUAAGUGGCUUAAAAUGGAGCCGAAGCGCAGUGUGAGCGGCGAGGCCCAGGGUCCGUCGGACGAGAAGGUUGCCGUGGUGAGCGUCGACGACUGUGACACGGCCGUGUCGCUUCGCUUCGGCACGCAGCUCGGAAAUUACAGCUGCGCCGCGCAGGGGAAGCAGACCAGCAGCAAGAAGUCCCUGGAUCUGACCGGUCCGCUGUUUCUGGGCGGGGUUCCCAACGUGCCCGACAACUUCCCCUUCGGUACCCGGGAGUUUAUUGGCUGCAUGAAGGAGCUGCACAUCGACAGCAAGCAGCUGGACUUGGCAGGAUUCAUCGCCAACAACGGCACUCUCCCCGGCUGCAGCGCCAAGCUCCCCUUCUGCAAGUCCAACCCCUGUCAGAAUGGAGGAACCUGCAGUGUGAGCUGGGAGACUUUCUCCUGCGACUGCCCGCUCGGGUUCGGAGGCAAAGACUGCAGCCACGUGAUGCCACACCCCCACCGCUUCCUGGGGAACAGCGCCCUCUGGUGGGACCUGAAGAACGACGUGACCAUCUCCACCCCCUGGUACCUGGGCCUCGUGUUCAGAACCAGAGCCAGAGAGGGGACGCUGCUGCAGGCACAGGCGGGGCAGUACACCAGCCUGGUGUUCCAGGUGAUAAACGGUCAGCUGGUGUUCUCUGUGACCCGGGGGUCCACCAGGCCGGUGCGGCUGCGCUUGGAUCAGGUUCAGGUGGCGGACGGCCGGUGGCACGACCUCCAGCUGGAGCUGCGAGACGUUCGCAGCGGCCGCGAGACGCGUUACGUCGCCACGCUGCGGCUCGACUUCGGCCUGUUUCAGGGAACGGUGAUAGUGGGGAACGAGAUUCAUGGUUUGAAGGUGAAACAUCUGCACGUGGGAGGAGUGCUGGGCGCUGGGGAGGUGCAGAACGGGAUCAGAGGAUGCAUACAGGGUGUUCGGUUGGGCGUGCGGCCGGAUGCCCCGCCCCUGCCCCGCCCGUCGAGAGCGGUCAAGGUGGAGACCGGCUGCAACGUCGGCAACCCCUGUGUGUCCUCCCCUUGCCCCGCCCACAGCCGCUGCUCUGACCAAUGGGAGCGUCACACCUGCAUCUGCGAGCCAGGUUACUAUGGGAGAGGCUGCACCGACGCCUGCCAGCUGAAUCCGUGUGAAAACGAAGCUCAGUGCCACAGGAAACCGAGCUCUUCCCACGGGUACAUCUGUGACUGUGGAGACAACCACUACGGGCAGUACUGCCAGCACAGGAUUGACCACCAGUGCCCCAGGGGUUGGUGGGGGUCUCCAACCUGCGGACCCUGCCACUGCGACGCCAGUAAAGGUUUUGACCCCGACUGCAACAAGACCAGUGGACUCUGUCACUGCAAGGAGUUCCACUACCGUCCACGGGGCAGCGACACCUGCCUGCCAUGCGACUGCUACCCGGUCGGCUCCUUCUCCCGGUCAUGUGACCCGGAGUCCGGCCAGUGCCAGUGCAGGCCCGGCGUGAUCGGCCGGCAGUGCAACGCAUGUGACAACCCCUUCGCCGAGGUCACCAACUCCGGCUGCGAUGUCAUCUAUGACGGCUGUCCUAAGACCAUCACCCUGGGGAUCUGGUGGCCACGGACCAAGUUCAACCUUCCUGCCGCAGUGCCCUGCCCUAAAGGCUCCGUUGGUGCAGCCAUAAGACACUGUGACGUGGAGAGAGGAUGGCUGGAGCCCGAUCUCUACAACUGCACCUCCCCUCCGUUCGUGGAGCUCAACGCUGCCCUGGAGUCCCUGGAGCGUAACGAGACGGAGCUGAGCACCAUCAUGGAGAAGAAGCUGGCCCACCAGCUCCGCGACGUCACCGAAGCGACGGCCCGUCUCUAUGGCAACGACUUGCAGAUCGCAGAGCGGCUGCUGUCCCGCCUCCUGACCUUCGAGACCCAACAGAGCGGCUUUGGACUCACCGCGACUCAGGACGCACACUUCAACGAGAACGUCGUGCGGGGCUGCAGUGUGUUGUUGGGUCCCGGGACCGCCGGGCUGUGGCGAGUGCUGGCCCAGAGUCAGAACCACCUGCAGGGCGGCGGCCCGGCCGGGCUGGCCGAGCUGCUGGAGCAGUACGCCCAGACGCUGGCCCAGAACAUGAAACUCACCUACCUCAACCCUGUGGCGCUGGUCGCUCCCAGUAUAGUGAUGAACCUGGACCGUGUGGAGAACCACACCCAUGUGCGGAGGCGAUUCCCACGCUAUCACACCCCCCUGUUUCGGGGUCAGGCUCUGUGGGACCCCCACACCCACGUGGUGCUGCCCCCUGCUGCCCUGGUGCCACAACGACAGCAACAGCAGCACAGCUGGAAGGAGAAGGAGCGGACCGAGAAAGACGCUCCGCCGCCGCAGAACGCCGCGACCGCCCCCGUCAGCAUCUCAGCCAAUCAGACGGGAGAAUACAUCUCGGCCAGGCGCACCGUUUCGAUGCCCGAGCAGCCCAUCACCAUCGUCAUCAUGCUGAUCUAUCGCAGUCUGGGCGCCGCCCUCCCGCCCAAGUACCACACAGACAGACGAGGAGUCAGGCUGCCGCGACACCCAGUGAUGAACUCCCCGGUGGUCAGUGUGUCCGUCUACAACAACCAGACGUUUGUGGCCGGGCACCUGGAGCAGCCCCUCCUGCUGGAGUUCAAGUUACUGGAGACGGCCAAUCGCAGCAAGCCGCUGUGCGUGCAGUGGAACCACAGCAGCCCGUAUGAAACGGGAGGCUGCUGGACGGUGCGGGACUGCAUGGUGGUUUAUAGAAACACCUCUCACGUCCGCUGUCAGUGCCAGAGACUGGGAACCUUCGGGGUGUUGAUGGACAGUUCGCAGAGGGAGCAGCUGGAGGGGGAUCUGGAGACGCUGGCCCUGGUCACCUACUCCUCCCUGUGCGUCUCCAUGCUGGCUCUCCUCCUCACCGUCUUCGUGCUCUCCUGCCUGCGAGGCCUCAAGUCCAACACCAGGAGCAUCCACUCCAACACAGCGGCGGCCAUGUUCCUGUCUGAGCUGGUGUUCCUGCUGGGCGUCAACCAGACGGAGCAACAGUUCCUGUGCACGGUCGUCGCCAUCCUGCUGCACUACUUCUUCAUGUCGACGUUCGCCUGGAUGUUUGUGGAGGGGCUUCACAUCUACCGCAUGCAGACGGAGCAGCGCAACAUCAACUUCGGAGCCAUGAGGUUCUACUACGCCAUUGGCUGGGGCGUGCCCGCGAUAAUCACAGGCCUGGCGGUGGGUCUGGACCCAGAGGGUUACGGGAACCCGGACUUCUGCUGGAUCUCCAUCUAUGACAAGCUCAUCUGGAGUUUCGCCGGUCCCAUCGCCAUCGUCAUACUGAUGAAUGGGGGGAUGUUCCUGAUUGUAGCCAAGAUGUCCUGCAACCCCUCGCAGAAGGAGACCAAGAAGCUUCCUGUCAUUGCCACUAUCCGCAGUGCCUUCCUGCUGUUGCUGGUCGCCACCUCCACCUGGCUGUGUGGUCUGAUGGCUGUGAAUAACAGCAUCCUGGCUUUCCACUACAUCUUCGACGUCCUCUGUCUCGUACAGGGUCUGUCGGUGUUUCUGGUGUUCACCGUGCUGAACGCAGAGGUUCAGGAGGCCUGGAGAGUCGUCUGUCUGGAAAAGAGUCCUGGAGAAGACCCACCGAGACCGCCACAGAACACGGCUCAGAACCCCUACAACAACGCAUCUCUUUUGGAGCAGAGUGGGCUGCACCGCAUCACAUUAGGAACCUCCACAAUUUCCUCUGUCAGCUCUGCUAGAGAAAAUCUUUUGGCUCGCCAGACUCUUGAACAAAACAUCGGUCACACAGGAGCUACAGACUUGGAUGUUGCCAUGUUCCACAGAGAUGGAGGUGAGGACUCGGACUCGGACUCAGACCUCUCCCUAGAGGAGGAACGCAGUCUCUCCAUCCCGUCCUCGGAGAGCGAGGACAACGUCCGUCUCCGCGGCCGCAUCCAGCGGCGCUUCAAACGCUCCAAUCACAGCGAGCGUCUGCUCACUGAGCCCGCCCACAACGGCACCAAAGACCUGGACGGCAAUGACCUGCUGUCCUAUUGGCCGGCCUUGGAGGAGUGCGAGGCUCACACCCUGCAGAAGUGGGGCUCAGAGCGUCCCCUGGGGGCGGAUUACACCAAGGACGCCGCCAACAACAACCAGCCGGACGCAGCGCUGACUAGUGGCGACGAGAACAGCCUCACCCAGCCAAACAGGCACCGCAAGGGUAUCCUGAAGAAUCGGAUCGGCUGUCCCCCGGCCCUCCAGGGCCUCUCCACCAUGGGUCGGGUCCCCAGUGAGCUCAACUGGUACCGAACCUCUACUCUGGGCCACCGGGGCGUCCCUGCAGCCUCUUACGGUCGCAUGUACUCCGCCACGGGGGCCGUCGGUGCCGGCACAGGCUCCCUGUCGCAGCCGGCCUCCCGUUACUCCUCGCGGGAGCACCUGGACUCUCUGGCCCGGAGGCAGCUGUCCAGGGAUCCGCUGGGGAGGCAAACGGUCGGGGGUUCGAGGGACCGGCUGGACUCCCGGGGCUCCAGGGACAACCUGGAUCUCUUACCCAGGAGGAGGGAGCUGGGGCUGGGGCAGGGUGUGGGGCUGGGGGCCUUGGGGGUGGAUCAUCAACGCGUCUCAUCAUCCAGGGAGAACUUGACGGGUUCCAGGGACAGACUGGACCACCAUUACCACCCUGGCAGCGUGCACACCUCUCGGGAGGACUUGAGCGGGAACGGGGGCGUUGUCGGAGCGGGGGUGGAGGGCUACCUCGGGGGGUCGAGAUCCCAGCUGAACACGCUGACCCGACGGCAGGCCUCCUCGCGGGAGCACCUCGGCGGGGCGCUGAUCAGUAGCAGGUCCAGAGAGCAGCUGGAGACCAACGGGGUGGCGUCCCAGCCGCAGCCCUGCAGGGAGUGGCUGCGCACGCUGCCGCCCCGCCAGCCCUCGCACCCCGACCAGCCGCCCCCCUCCUCUCCACCUCCCCCCAUCUCCGAGGAGCCCCAGCAGGAGCUCCCCCCGUCGGCCCGCGUCAGAGGACGGCUGGACUCCGCGCCUCCAUGUAGGUACCCCGGUCAAAGUGCCGCAGGUUCAAAUCCAAACCCUCUGAGCCGUCAACCGUCCAGCGAGCACCUGGAUAUUCUCUCCUCCAUCUUGGCGUCAUUCAGUUCCUCCGUCCUGACUCCUCCCCCCGCUGCCUCUAACCCGGGGCCUAAUGGCUCCGCCCACGGACCCUCACCCUCCCCACCCCACUCCGCCACAUCCCACAGCAUAUCUGAGGUCUCCCCCGACUCCGAAGCCAACAGAAGCGAAGGACAGUCUUGAUGACAGCCUCCCAUAAUGCAUUGGGCCUGUGCUCGGGUGGCCAGGGACAAGGUCAAAGGUUACGGAGGACCCUGAACCACUGGUGCACCCCGGGACACCGGAGGACUAGAGACAAAACCGGGCCGCAGGAGACGGAGACGUGGGAAGAGGAUUCUAGUGGGUAGAUUGUACAAAUUGAGUUUUUCCGGUCCCGCUGCUCACAAAAAUCCGCGCCGGUUCUUCGGACUUGGACAGUUGCUGAGUCGACCACAAGUACUACCUAAAACCCAUCAAGGAUGAACACAAACUCCUCAGAUUUCAACACAAACACAAAAAAAAUCAGCCUGAUCCGGAAAAGAUCCAUCCAUACGGGGAAAAAAAAAAAAAAAAAAAA